AGGCUCCUGCAGAUCUUGAAGAGCUGCUGCACAGAGAAACCACUAAACCUUGCUGGAUACCGGUCCUCCAGGACCAGGAUUGGCCACCCCUGUGCUAAGCCCACAGGCAGAGAGUGCUCGGGCUGAAUGGAUGCUGCUGCUGCAUAAUGGUCCUCAGACGUUUGUUUCCGUGGCAACGUGGGGAGGGCAUGUGGAGAGUGAGAGAGCCUCGCUCAACUUCUCCCUCUCCCUAUUUGUCGGAUCAGAUCCACAAGGGGGUGUUGAAAAUGAUGCGGCCGAAAGACCUGCGCCAGGGCUCUGGCACCAGGACCUUCCUGGACGCGAUGCAUGAUGGUAAGGUCCACCUUGCGCGCUUCAUCCUGGACGCCUUGGACGGACGCAUCAUCAACUCAAAGACAGAAAACAGCCGCACCCCGCUCAUGUACGCCGUCAGCCUCCAAGACUCUGGGGCCAGAAUCAAGUUCACCCGGCUGCUGCUCGAGAAAGGGGCAAAUGUCAAUUGCCAGGAUGAGGACGGCCGCACCGCCCUGAGCCACGCCUGUGAGUUGGGUCACGUGGAUGUGGUCAAACUUCUUGUUCAGUUCAACGCUGACCCAGACUUCUCUGACGCCUGGGGUAACAGCGCUCUCAUGUACGCUGCCUUUUCUGGACACAGCCAGGUUCUGGAGUUCCUGGUGAGAGCUUUCAAAAGACUCGGACUGAGACUGGACCGGACCAAUAACGCCGGUCACUCGGCUAUAGAGAUCGCCAACUUCUUUGGGCACCACCACUGUGUCCAGAUUCUGAACUUUCCUUGCAGGAGGGUUGCUGGUAAAGAGGAUCCUCUUCUUGUUGCAGAAGGGGAGAGCCGUCUGCCCAAUAGGCUCCCCAGGCAUGUUCUGGAGAGGUUUUCCAAGCAGCCAGCUAAUGAAGAACAACUUCCAGCUGUAUUUCAGGGGCAGAUGAAACCAGGCGACAGCAGUGGAACAUGGAACCACUUCAGGUGUCCCAGAAGCCAGUCUCAAGAGGAUAACCACCGCCACAGCUGGGCUCUCCCUCCCCAGAUUGAGAAAAAACAGAAUGAAGAGGAUCAUAGUGUUGUCUUCACGGCCAAACAACUGCAAAACUGCCAUCUUCGAGAGCUGAAGGGGUCGAAAAUAACGAACUCAUUACCUGAGCCGAGCCAGAAGGAGGUCAGUCGAGAUACUCGACUUCCAGGCCAAACACCAGAGAGGUUCCCCCUCUGGGGAAAGGCAAAGUCAUUUAACCUGGACCUCGUGAGCAGCAGAAAGCAGUCCUAUCAGGGUGACGUGCGUGACACGAACCUGUCGGCCAGCAAAUUAAAGAGAGCCUCGCUACAGGAUGAGCGAUGCCUGAUAGACAAGAUGGAAUGCCAAGGGAGCGCCUGGGGGCUGACGAAUGAUGGCAACAAAAUUGUCUCAGUGCCAAAACCUCUUUUAAACAGCAAGGGGCAGUCGGUGAAAGCGCUCCAGGAGAAUGUCACAUCACAGAAGGAAGAGGCUAAUGACACGGCUCCGUCGAGCCGAAAAGAGUCCCAGAAGAGCCUCGGCUCAACUUCCAGACACAACAAGCUACUUUUCGCCAGAGGAGAGAUGGAGUCAGAGAAGCUCCCGAGCCGCGCCCCCGGACUCGUGGGCCUCGGGACCCGACUGCUGCGCCGAUUCACUGCUCCGGAGUUCAUGAAGAUGGUGAUCGACUGUUCCUCUGGCUCAUCAAACGGAAGAGGUCGGAUGUCCCGCUCCGAAACCUUCCCCUUUUCACACACACACCAUCAGGUCAACGGUCAGCAGAGUGUUGACAGCAUCAGUGCUGUGAGGUGCGAGUUUGAAAGCUACUCGUCUCAGUCUGCCUUUGACUAGAAAGGACGGAGUCCAACAACACAAUGGCUGGAUGUGUUCUUUUAAUUAUUUAUUCAUUCCGAUACUAAAUGGGCUUUGAUUUCUGACCUGCUGAGAAAUUAUCCUCAUUUGCUUUUGUUGCUGUUUUUGCGAUGUGUGUAUAUAGAAGUGAUUUUAAAACAAAGUGAAUUUGGUUACUGUGCAUUUGAAACGAUCUAUUUAAUACCAGAUAUGUUUUUGAGCUACUGAAACGUCAUUUUUAAUAUUUGUCAUACUAAAUGUCUGCAUCAGUGCUUCUGUCAUUUCAAGAAACUGUGUUUAGUCAUCAGUGACUGUGCUGCUGAACUCCUAAUAAACACAAAAAAACAC